AAUUCAGAAAAAUUUUCUCUUCUUACGUCAGGUUAUUCACGAAUUUAAUCAGAUUCUCUUUAUCCGUUUAAUGAAUCUCAGUGCACUUAAAAUCAGUGCACUUUUGUAACUUUUUCCCAACUUGUGUUUUAUUUGAUUGAUUAGUGUAAUUUUAACAAGUUUAAUAAAUUAUGAAGAUCUGGACAUCAGAACACACAUUUAAUCAUCCUUGGGAAACUGUUGCUCAAGCAGCAUGGAGAAAAUAUCCAAAUCCUAUAAAUCCUGCUGUAAUUGGCACUGACGUUAUUGAUAGACAAGUUGUAAAUGGUGUUUUACAUACACAUCGACUGGUUUCCAGUAAAUGGGGAUUUCCACGAUGGGCACAAGCUUUAAUUGGACAUGCAAGUAUAUGUUAUGCCAGCGAACGAAGUGAGGUUGAUCCCAAUAAUCGAGAAAUGGUUCUUAAAACAAGAAAUUUAACAUUUUGCAACUACAUAGCAGUUGACGAAACCGUAAAAUAUUUACCUCAUCCACACGACACAACCAAAACUCUACUUACUCAGGAAGCUGUAGUUACAGUUCAAGGUGUUCCUCUAACGCAUUACAUGGAGGAUCUCUUGACUUCAAGAAUCUCUUUCAAUGCGGGAAAGGGAAGACAGGCUAUGGAAUGGGUGAUAGACAAACUUGAGUCAGAAGUAAAAGAUUUUGCGAGUAGUGCUGUAAAAUCAACUGACGAACUUCUAUGUCAAACACGACGUCAGAUUGAUGAUCUUACAUCAAAAACAAUGCAAAGUAUGGAUGAUUUACAAAGUGCUGCAAAAAAAUCAUUUGACGGUAUUCACAAUUUGACAACACCACCAUCAUCUCAAUCAAUGCCAAAAUUAUAGCGAAUGUUGCGUACUAGUUUCAAUCUUUUUAAUUAAUUUUGGCAGGCUUCCUAUUAUUUCUAAAAUUAAUUUCGAAACAAAGAAGUAAAUUUUAAUAUGACUCUCCAUAUAUGCAAUAAUCUUUUUUUAAAAAAAGAAAACUUUUGGCACACAAUAUUUUAUAGAAAUCUUAUUUAAAACUUACUGCCAAUUUGAAUAUUAAAGCUAUAGAAUAAGCCUGUAACAACACAACUUAGUUUAGCAAAUUUAUUAUACAAAAAAAAAAAGAAAAAUCAAUAUUGAAAUAAUUCCAAAAAAAUACAAAAAUUGUAAGACAAAAUUUUUAACUAAAAUUUCAAACAUCAAAACUGAAUUUUCGAAAUAAUUUGUGACAAUGAAUUAAAAUGUACGUAUUUAAAAAUGUCUUAAUGUGAAAAUAUGAAAUAUGUAAAUAUAAUAAAUAUAGCCCUUUGAACGGUAUUAACUUUACACCUAAAUAGAGAAAAAAAAGAGAUACACACAAAAAAUUGGGCUGAGAAGAUGCAUGUUUCUUUUUUACAAAAAAAAAAAAAAACUUAGAAAAGACAAUUGACUUUGAACAAGGUGCCUUGGCACAAAAGUAUAAACUUUUUUGCAUUAUAUUUGCGCAAUUUCUGUGAAAUUUUGCAAAUAUAAAACUAUAGAUGUUUAUUAAAUGAAAAACAUCUGCUUUAGAUGCUUUAAUUUUUUGUAAAUAAUGUUCAACACCUAUAAGAGAAUGUUAUGUUUGUAAGGCAAACAAAAUUUUGUUUAAUGUAAAUGACUUUAAUAAUAAAUUUAAAAACAAAAUUUGAAAAACAAAAAUUUCUUUAUUUCAAUUAGUUAAUUAUUUUUUUUUUUUUUAACUAUUUCAUAAUACAUAAAGAAAAUCUAAUUAAGUUAUUGCAAAGAAAUGAGAAAAUACUGUAAAUUGACUUCUGUAAACACACAAAUUAUAUAAUAUUGAAUAUAAAUGCUGACGACUUA